AUGGAACGAGAUAACCCCAAAACAGAUAUCAUUCUCUCCAUGGCCCAUACUCCAACAGAAGAUUAUAUGCAACAAAUCGCCCAACGUCUCAAAUCCCACGAAUUCCGGAAGAAGUUAUACCCAGAGACGGUCAAGAGAAUAUGGUUUUACGAGACCGCCCCUAAAUCAGCUAUAACCUAUAUCUGUCAUGUCGAUCCUGCACACUCCCGUGAUCGUGAUGGACCUCUGAGACUUGAUGGUAUAGGGAAUAAAGAGUAUAAUGAAUAUCAUCAAGAUUGGGAAGGAUACGAUUACGCAUAUAGGGUCAGAAGCUGUUUUAGGAUCAAGGAACCGAUUAGUCUGGAAGAGAUGAGAAUGAAAUAUGGGAUCGGAGGGGCACCGAGAGGGAUGGUCUAUGUUCCGGGAAAAAUGAUGGAGGAUGUCAAGGUGGAUGAGCAGGAAUGUAUUUGGAAGGAAGGGUGA